GUGAAAAGGAGGAAGAGCUUGCACAAUGCAGUCACAUCUCAGGAAUUUGAAUUCUGCUUUCAGUGCCUCCUGUCGCUAUCCGUCAACUUAGCUGUCAGAUUCUUGUAAGCAAUCAACUCCGGCUUACAACAGGUUCAACUGUCUUGUUUUCUUACCCAAACACCGAGAACAAUAAAGGUUAGCUAUUACUCUGUUGCUUAGGUAAGACAAUAUUUACUUCAUGUGAAAAAAGGUUACAUUAUUUUAGUUUUGCAGAGUUGUGACAAUCCUCCAUCAAGUGGGUGUCCAGUGGCAUGUAUAUGUGAUGUGAUGUGUGUGGCUAUUUUUAUUUUGCAGGAAGAUGAAUAAUUAUUCAGAAUAUGACAUUGCUGUCAUUGGUGCAGGAAUUUCAGGGAUUGUUACUGCAAAAUGCCUGUUAGAUGACAAGUUCAAUAUUAUUGUUUAUGAGAAGACUGACCAUGUUGGAGGACUGUGGCAGUUCACAGAGGAUGGCUAUGGAGUGAUGCGAUUCACUCACAUGUAAGAACUCUGAAAUAAAGUGUUACAGUGGGACCCUGUUAAUACGGUCACUUAUGGGCCAAAAAAAUUUGGCCGUGUUAACAGGGUGGCCAUAUUACUAGGGCUGGCUCAAAUUUCAUGCCUUGAGGGCGGCAAUGACAGAUACGCCAUACGUCACAUUCACCUUACUGUUCUCAUUAAUAAACAACCAGAAUGUAGAUAUCAUGUAUUAUUGAAAAAAACUACUUAAAAUUUUCCUUCAGUACAUGAAUCUCUUUUAAAAUUCAGCUAUAAAUCGCCACAAGUGCAUUUUAAGUGUACUCUCGUCUAAAAACAGUACAAGAAUAAGGUAAGAUUACUAGGUCAAUAAAACUGACAUGUCACAGGUUUUCUAAAUUUUGAACAAGUGGCUUUAUUAAUGAGGCGAAAUUAUAAGAGAUUCUGCUGUUUAGGAUUUUAAAAUGUGACCCUUGGCUGUAUUAACAGGUGACUGCAUUAACAGUUUUUUUUUUUUGUAAGGAAAUGUAUGGCCAUUUUGCCAGGCCGAAAAAAACUGGCCAUAAUAUCAAGGUGACCGUCUUAUCGAGGUGGGGUUCCACUGUACUUCUGAUUUAAACUAACUAUAACCUCUAAUAAUAUUCAAAAAGUGGAAGUUCCAGAGGCCUAGGGGCCCCCGGGGGGGUGCGGGGUGGUUGGUGGUAACUUGGGUUAAUUUUUGCCCCUACCCCAUUAUAGUCUUUUCUGCGGCCAAUUAUAGACCCCAUCUUAGUCACUUUUGGGCAAAUACAUAAUUUUCAUGAUGCCAACUUAGUCACUUUCUAUUUUUAUGAAUUGACCAAUUUUUUAGCUUGAAUUGAAGAACACUUUACUUUUCAUCUUCAGUACAAACAUUCUGGGACGUUUGCUAACCGUAAAAUCCAAAAAUGUGUGACCCCCUUCUAGUAAAUCUAAGGCCAUUUGCCCAAUGGCGUCAUUUAACUACUAUGACCAGAAUUCUUUUCGUUUUUCUUUUAUAUUGAAAUUUGGUAAUGCCAGCGAGCUUUAAAUAACAAAAGCCCUAAUUUGCACAAGAAAGCAAAACCCUGAAGUAUAUAUUCUGGUCAUAGGAGUGAAAUGACGCCAACAUGCAAAUGGCCUAUUGAAAAAGCAACCCCAUUAUAGUCAAUCCAGUCGUGAAAAUGCGACCCCAUCCAGCGAUACAUCCCCACUAGCCUCUUAUAAGGAAGUACACCCACGGGCUGUAUUGUUGGGCGACUGUUGACUAGCAAUUUCACGAUUUUUUACCUUGUCUUGUUAUUCUUUUGCCAGCAAUGUCUCCAAACACAACUACUGUUUCUCAGACUUCCCAUUCCCUGAUCAUGUUCCUGAUUACCCAAGCCACACACAAAUGGCAGAAUACAUCAAAAGUUACACCAAGCAUUUUGGUUUGGAGAAGCACAUCUGCUUUAACACCAAGGUGGUCAAAAUUGAAAAAGCAACAGGAGGAUGGAAAAUAGUUACAGUCCAAGUAGACAACCAAGGAAAGCAUCAGUCUAAAUACAAGGAGACAUUUGUCAAGUUUGUUGCUAUAGCAACAGGACAUCAUGCGAAACCAAGCAUGCCACACUUUGAAGGCCAGGAAACAUUUAAUGGAAGAAUGUUUCACAGCAUGGAUUAUAAAGAUGCCAUAACUAAUGAUUUAGUAGGAAAGAAAGUAGUUGUUGUAGGAAUUGGUAAUAGCGCUGUAGAUGUAGCUGUGAAUGUAACAGAAUUAGGAGGGGAAAAGCCCAUUAACAUUUCCACGAGAUCGGGUGCAUGGAUUGUUCCCAAUUACAUACUCGGGUACCCUGCUGAUCAUUAUGCGACCCGCCUAUUCUUCUGGCUUCCUUGGAGCAUUUCCAAUUUUAUCUUUGAGCUAAUGAUCCAAUGUGUGACCGGCAGCCAAUGGCGGUGGAACCUGAAUCCAAAAAUGCAUGCUCGCCAAACACAACCCACAGUCAGCCCAACAUUGAUUCAUCAUCUCCAGAGGAGAAACAUUGUUGUUAGACCUAACAUUGCGGCAUUUAAGAAAGAUAAAGUGAUCUUUACUGAUGGAUCUGAAACUGUUGCAGAUGCAGUGGUUUGUUGUACUGGUUACCACAUAGAUUUACCGUUUUUAGAGAGUGAUAUAAAAGAUUUAGUUAUUGAUGAAAGCACCAAUCAAAUCAAACUCUUCAAAAAUGUUUUUACCCCGGAAAUUGGCCAUUCUUUAGCAUUCAUAGGAUUUGUCCAGCCAGCAUCUGGUGGUUUGCUAUCAGUUUCUGAAACUCAGGCCAGAUGGUUCUCAGAGCUGUGUAAAGGUACCAUCAAACUUCCCCUAGCAGAGAAGAUGCACCAGGAAUUUGAGAAAGACAAACAAAGCAGGGAGGGUAUUUACUAUGCUUCACCCAGACAUACAAUUCAACAAGACCCGAUGACUUACAAUGACGAGAUUGCAUCAUAUUUUGGUGCCAAGCCACAACUAUGGAAGCACCCUUCCUUGGCAUGGAAUUUAGUUGUCGGCAGUGGAGGAGCUGGGCAGUAUAGAUUGCAAGGCCCUCAUAGGUGGAAUAGAGCUAAGGAAGUGGUGCGCUCUGUUCCGAUAACACCCCUGUUACAUUACGUUACACUGUUUUUGUUUCUAGUAUUACUUUUUAUCAUAGUGUUCAUUUUCUAUAAAGUAUGGUUUUAGUCACUUCGACUUUCAUUUUACAUUUUAUUUUAACAAUCAUGAUCUUUUUCAUUUUAGUGAUAAUUUCUUUCAUGUUUCUGUCUGAUUGCAGCUGUGUCAUUUUUGGGAAAAAAUUGUUGGUAGACAUGGAAUUAACACUCACAAAUGAGCAGAAAUGCACACAACAACAAACAUUUUGUUGAAUUCACCACUUCACAAUGUACAUGGCGGGUGCCUCUUGACAUCUCAUUUGAAUUUUUGCCAACGCUCUGGUGAUUUUUUUGCCAGACCAUUUUCGCUGUCGGGUGCAUUUCUGGAUCUAAGUUAAAUCCCUUCCACGGGUAAGGUAGUAAAGGUUACAAAAUUAUGCAAACUGAGACCAUAAUCACAAGAUUAAAGUAAAUUAGCUUAUUAUUGAUUCAGCACUGAACUUGAUCCAACAUAGUUCUUAGCCCUUUAAGCCCCAGUAUCCACAUACAAAUUCUCCAAACUGGUCUCCAUACAUUUCCUUUAAGAAUUAGUUGGGAGAAUUUGAUCAAAGAUCAAAGCAUUUUCCUAUAUUUGAUUAUUAUAUUUAUUUUCAUAACCUGCUCUCUUGGACACUAUUGGGACAAGAAUAUUGCUGUUAUGCUUUACUUUUUUUUCAAUCUUAGAAUAGCCAGCUCUUUUGCAGUGGCCUCUGAGCUGUAAAGCUUCAAAAAGCGCAUUGACAGUUACUGGUGUAUUAGUUUUAAAUUUUUUUUAGUCAAAUUUAUU